AAUGGAAGAGCUGGUGGGGCUGCGUGAGGGCUCCUCGGAGAGCCCUGUGAGUCUUCGGGAGCUAUGGGGCCCGUGUCCCCGCGUCCGCCGAGGCAUUCAAGGUGGCCUGGAGUGGCUGAAGCAGAAGCUGUUCCGCGUGGGGGAGGACUGGUACUUCCUGAUGACCCUCGGGGUGCUCAUGGCCCUGAUCAGUUACACCAUGAACUUCGCCAUCGGGCGCGUGGUCCGAGCACACAAAUGGUUAUACCGGGAGAUUGGGGACAGCCACCUGCUCCGGUAUCUCUCCUGGACCGUGUACCCUGUGGCCCUGGUCUCCUUCUCCUCCGGCUUCUCCCAGAGCAUCACGCCCUUCUCUGGAGGUUCUGGAAUCCCGGAGCUGAAGACUAUCUUGUCAGGCGUGGUGUUGGAGGACUACCUGGAUAUCAAGAACUUCGGGGCCAAGGUGGCAGGCCUCACCUGCACCCUGGCCGCCGGCAGCACCGUCUUCCUGGGCAAAGUGGGCCCCUUCGUGCACCUGUCUGUGAUGAUCGCAGCCUACCUGGGCCGGGUGCACACCAGGGCCAUUGGGGAAUCUGAGAACAAGAGCAAGCAGAACGAGAUGCUGGUGGCGGCGGCAGCUGUGGGCGUGGCCACGGUGUUCGCAGCACCCUUCAGUGGCGUCCUGUUCAGCAUUGAGGUCAUGUCUUCCCACUUCUCUGUCUGGGAUUACUGGAGGGGUUUCUUCGCUGCCACAUGCGGAGCCUUCAUGUUCCGCCUCCUGGCGGUCUUCAACAGCGAGCAGGAGACCAUCACCUCCCUCUACAAGACCAGUUUCAGGGUGGAUGUCCCGUUCGACCUGCCGGAGAUCUUCUUUUUUGUGGCACUGGGGGCCAUCUGCGGUAUCCUGAGCUGCGCUUACCUCUUCUGUCAGCGAACAUUCCUUGGUUUUGUCAAGACCAACCGGGUCAUCUCCAAACUGCUGGCCACCAGCAAGCCUCUGUAUUCCGCCCUGGCGGCCUUGGUUCUCGCCUCCAUCACCUACCCCCCUGGCGUGGGCCACUUCCUAGCUUCUCGGCUGUCCAUGAAGGAGCAUCUGGACUCACUGUUCGACAACCACUCGUGGGCGUUGAUGACCCGGAACUCGUCCCCUCCCUGGCCCGAGGAGCUCGACCCCCAGAACCUGUGGUUUGAAUGGUACCACCCACGGUUCACCAUUUUUGGGACCCUCGCCUUCUUUUUGGUUAUGAAGUUCUGGAUGCUGAUUCUGGCUACCACCAUCCCCAUCCCUGCUGGGUACUUCAUGCCCAUAUUCAUCUUUGGAGCUGCCAUCGGGCGUCUCAUAGGGGAGGCCCUCGCUCUUGCCUUCCCCGAGGGCAUUGUGACUGGAGGAGUCACCAACCCCAUCAUGCCUGGGGGGUAUGCCCUGGCAGGGGCUGCAGCCUUCUCGGGGGCCGUGACCCACACCAUCUCCACGGCGCUGCUGGCCUUCGAGCUGACUGGCCAGAUAGUGCACGCCCUGCCCGUGUUGAUGGCUGUUCUGGCAGCCAACGCCAUCGCCCAGAGCUGCCAGCCCUCCUUCUAUGACGGCACCAUCAUCGUCAAAAAGCUGCCAUACCUUCCAUGGAUCCGAGGCCGAAAAAUCAGCUCUCAGCCUGUGAUCGUGGGGCACUUCAUGAACUGUACUAUCACCACACUGGCCAAGGACACACCUCUGGAAGAAGUGGCCAGGGUCGUAACCUCCACAGACCUGGCCAAGUAUUUCCUGGUGGAGAGCACAGAGUCUCAGAUACUGGUGGGCACUGUGGGAAGGGCAUACUUGGUGCAGGCACUCCAGGCUGAGCCACCUUCCUGGGCUCCAGGGCACCGGCAUCUCCGGGACCUCUUGGCUGGGGGCUGUCCCAUGGAGCCAGUGACCCUGCAGCUGUCUCCGGAGACCUCCCUUCACCAGGCACACAACCUCUUCGAGCUGUUGAACCUUCAGUCCCUCCCCGUGACGUCCCUGGGCAGAGCUGUGGGCUCCGUGUCUUGGGUGGAGUUGAAGAAAGCAAUUUCCAGCCUGACAAACCCACCAGCCCCAAAGUGAACCAGCCUGGCAAGAUGAAACAAGUGAAGGAGACCCUGCCUGUCUUCCCCCAUCACAACACACCCCUGCAGCCCAGCUCAACUCCUCGGUGAAGGAGGCAGCUCUAACUUAGCCCCGAAGGGGGCCCCACAUUCACCAUGUUCCAUCCUGGGUGGAACAAGCGCUCCAUACCGUAAAAGACAAAUCCCACCCUGGACCGAGCAGGAUUCGAGACCGCGGAAAACCCGUGGACAGUGGGUGGCUCACUGAAAAUUCACCAAAUUCACAGGGAAGACAUUAGCAUAUGGCUUUCAGCAAGGUCAGGCACAGAUGCCCUCUGGGGUUGUAGGACUCCCAACCAGAGGCUCCUGAGAAAAAUAAAGCUG